AUCUGUCUAUUUUGUCUGUCUGUCUGUCUUUUGUUCGUUUACAGAUUUUUGUACUUUUUCUCUCAAGUUUUAGAAAUUAAAGUUGUAUGAUGUCUUUGACUAAAGAAGAAUUAAAACCUCAAGUUGAUAAAACAGUUCAGAAGUUUUUGGGAUUUAAUGAACCCUCUUUGGUUUCGGUUGCUGUGCGAUGCUUAGUUAAAGGUUAUGAUCAAAGAAAAACAAAAGAUAAACUGUCAUCAUACUUAGAUGAUUCAAAAGCUGAAAAAUUAGCAGAACAACUUUUUAAAACUUUUGGUAAUGAUGCUGAGGCCAGAAGAAAGUCAAAGAAAAGAUAUAGGGAUGAUGAUAUAAGUGAAAGCAAAAAAAUGAAAGUUGAAGAACAUCCAAACUUGCCUUUAGCUGGCCAGCCAAGCCCAGGCCAGUUAACAACAAUACAGAUUCAGGAAAUGAUGGCAAAUGCUCAAAAAAUGAUUGAAGAAAGAAAACGGCAAAUGCAAUUAACUGGAGCUUUAAGUCAGUCCCAAGUAUCAGUGAAUGCAUAUGCUUCAGGAGGUGCUGUACCUGCUGGAUCUGCCUUAACAGAUGCUUCUCCAACUUUGUCUGAGAAUAAAGCCAGGAUUGCACAAUUAACUGCUAUGAUUCAAGCACGACUUAGUUCUAAGCCAACACUAUUAACAAAUUGGAAACCAGAUGAUUCCAAGCAACAUAAGCCAGCACCUCUUAUAUUAGACUCAGAAGGUCGAACUCUGGAUAUGACUGGUAAAGAAGUUCAUCUGACGCAUCAUAUGCCAACACUUAAAGCAAAUAUUAGAGCUCAGAAGAGAGCACAAUUUAAAAUGAGUCAAGAAAAAGUGAUGGAAGAGCUUUAUGAACAAAAAUUCUUUGAUCCUCGUGUUAGUGCAAAAACAUUUCAGAGGCCAAAAAAGGGAUUUAAAUUUCAUGAAAGAGGUAAAUUUGAACAAUUGGCACAAAGGCUAAGGACUAAAGCUCAGCUGGAAAAACUGCAAGAAGAAAUUGCUCAAGCUGCUAAAAAAACUGGAAUAUCUUCUGCAACAAAACUUGCUUUAAUUGUUCCUAGAAAAGAAUAUAAAGAAGGCGAAGUCCCUGAUGUUGAAUGGUGGGAUUCCUAUAUAUUACAGAGUGAUAGCUAUGAUAAGUAUACAGAAGAAUCCAAGCUUGAAGGUGUGACAGCUCUAGUAGAACAUCCUAUACAAAUGAAAUCUCCCUGUGAUUCUUCUCACCCUGUAUUUAUACCUUUAUAUUUGACCAAAAAAGAGAGAAAAAAAUUGAGAAGACAAAAUAGAAGAGAAGCUUGGAAAGAAAAGCAAGAAAAAAUUCGAUUAGGUUUAGAACCUCCCCCUGAACCAAAAGUUCGUAUGUCAAAUCUGAUGAGAGUACUGGGAAACCAAGCUGUUCAAGAUCCAACUAAAGUUGAAGCACAUGUUAGAGAACAGAUGGCUAAACGCCAAAAAGCUCACGAAGAGGCAAAUGCAGCUCGUAAAUUAACUGUUGAGCAGAAAAGAGAGAAAAAGAUGAGAAAAUUGAAAGAGGAUACAAGUACAGGUGUACAAGUUGCUUUAUAUAGGGUUCUUAAUCUCAGCAAUCCCGCCAAAAAAUUUAAAGUUGAAAUGAAUGCUAAGCAGCUUUUCAUGACGGGUUGUGUUAUAUUGUAUCGAAAUAUCAACAUUGUUGUAGUAGAAGGAGGACCUAACCAACAAAAGAAAUUCAAACGUCUGAUGUUACAUAGGAUCAAGUGGAAUGAGGAGCAAGCUACUAAAGAUGGAACUGAACAGGGCGAAAAAAUAGAAAAUCGUUGCAUUCUUGUUUGGGAAGGAACUGUAACACAGCGUUCCUUUGGAGAUAUAAUGUUCAAAUUGUGCCCUACAGAGUCUUUUGCACGGGAAUUUUUCAAGAAACGUGGUGUUGAACAUUAUUGGGACUUAGUGUAUGGAACAUCAAUACUUGAAGCUACUGAGGAUUCCUAAAAUGCAUAUAGGACAUCUUAGUUUAAUUUGUGAAUAAUGAAAAAAAAAAAUGUAAAACUCUUGUACAGAUCUUGUAACAAUAAAUAUAUCUGAAAUUGCCAACUUUUAUUAAGCA